AUGCUGUCAGCAUCAAAUUCACCUAUUUUGGACCCAUCUAACCGUAUAAAUAGCAACACAUAUACUAAUGGUAAUGGUAAUGGUACUGCUGCUGUAGCUGCUGCUGACGACCGAGAUCAAGAUCAAGAUCACCUUUCAACAUUACCAGAAGAUUUACCAAAUAACAUUAAAGAAGAAAUAAUAGCGUUGUAUAAUGAUAUACCCGCUUUACAAAAUUCAUAUGAUAUAAUUGAUAAAAUUGGUGAGGGAACAUUUUCAUCAGUUUACAAGGCAAAAGAUAUAAAGGGAAAUAUAACGUCACGAUUCUGGCCUCAUUUUUGGAAUAAAUCAUCUAAAUUCGUAGCAAUCAAGAAAAUCUACGUCACUUCAUCUCCACAAAGAAUUUAUAAUGAAUUGAACCUACUAUAUAUCUUAACUGGUUCAAAUAAAGUAGCUCCCUUGUGUGAUGCUAUGAGAAUGAAAGAUCAGGUAAUAGCUAUCUUACCAUAUUAUCCUCAUGAAGAAUUUAGAACCUUUUAUAGAGAUUUACCCAUUAAGGGAAUCAAAAUGUACAUUUGGGAAUUGUUACAAGCUUUAAAAUUCGUUCACUCUAAAGGAAUUAUUCAUAGAGAUGUGAAACCGACAAAUUUCCUUUUCAAUCCAGAAUUAGGUAGGGGAGUAUUGGUAGAUUUUGGGUUAGCUGAACAAGAAAUUGAUUAUUAUUCAGAUCCUAACCUCCUAAAGAAUAUGUUAUCAGGGAAAUCUACCUCUUUCUCGUCAUCAUCCUCUUUAGAGAAUGACGAAAAAGCUACAAAUUAUUUAGAAUUAAUGAAAGAAUUAAGAAAUAAUGAACAAUUCUGUCCAUGCAUAGCAAGAUAUGAUCGUAAUUUCCCAUCUAAACACAAGGAUAAUAAUGAUUUACAUUCACAUUCCAAUUCUGUUUCGACAGCAAUAACAACUAAUGGCAACACUAUACAGCAUCAUACACUUGCACCAACGCCUAUGGUUACCAUUCAAAAUGGGAAAGUUGUUAAUUUAAAUAACGUUAACGGUAUGGAUCUAACAAAGGGUUACCCCAAGAAUGAAACACGUAGAAUGAAACGUGCUAAUCGUGCAGGUACAAGAGGGUUUAGAGCUCCUGAAGUAUUAAUGAAAUGUGGAGCACAAUCGACAAAGAUUGACAUAUGGUCUGUCGGUGUCAUUCUUUUAAGUUUAUUAGCUAGAAGAUUUCCCAUGUUUCAGAGUUUAGAUGAUACUGAUUCAUUAUUAGAAUUAUGCUCAAUUUUUGGAUGGAAAGCUAUUAAAAAUUGUGCUGCAAUUCAUGGAUUAGGUUUCGAAAUUAAUGGAUUACACCUAAUUAAAGAAAAUGGGUUUGAGAAUGGACUAAAAGAGUUUGUAUAUGAAUUAUUAAAUAAAGAAUGUGUGGCAGGAACUUUCCCAGAAUAUAGUGUAGCUUUUGAAACUUAUGGAUAUCUAAGUCAAGAUUUAUUUGAUAAAAAUUCCAUCGAACCAAAAUUACCUAAAUCCAACGAAGAUUUAAGUAAGCAAGAUGAUUAUGAGUUAAAAAAAUAUCAACAAGAGGUUUGGUCUGAUCAUUAUUGGUGUUUCCAAUUGUUAGAGUUAUGUUUUGAAAUGGAUCCAAUGAAAAGAUCUUCGGCAGAUGAGUUACUACAUAAUACUUUCUUUGAUGAAUUACGUGAAGAUGGAACCACGGAUGACGAGUCAAAUGAUUCUCUAAGUACAACGGACGAUGAUGAUGAUGAUCAUCAUCAUAAUAGCAUAAUAAGUAAUAGUGAAGACGGUAUGAUGGCAGAUGAUGAUGUGUUACUGAUAUCCGAAUAA